AUAUGAAUGGGUGUGACUUUAGUUAGAAAUUUUUGUUUUGAUUUUAAUUUAAUUCACUUUUAUUUAAAUUAAUUUUAUCAUUAAAUCAAAUGUAAAUCAAAACAAAAGCAACGAUUUCUAUGACAAAUGAAUCUCAUAUUUAACACAAAAUUUGUAUUAUUUGUGUUAAUAUCACUUAAAUUGGUCAGUCAAGUGGUCAAUCAAUCAAAUCAUGGCAUUAGAAGUGACCUCAAUAUUGAUCGCAAAAAUCGGCUCAUAUUUUGUACGAUUAGUGUUGAAGAGCAACGUAAAUGUGAGCACUGGUCGGAAGCUAUCCGAUCGGUGACCAGAACUUCGGUAAAUGCAUUUGAAUAUGAAUUGGACUGUAAGAUGGCCUCCGAUAAGGAUCAGUGUAUGAAUUGGAUUGAGUCAUUGAUCGCACAUUUGACUGUCUUAGAUCCGGGAGAGCUAUUUACUGCCGGUCGUUACCACAGUUUGGUCCCUAUUAUGUAUGAGUUGUACGGAUCGACCAAAGAAAAGGGCUAUUACUCUGUGGCUGUCGUUAAGACUCAGUCAUCGAGUUAUAUAAGAGAUCUGAGAGAUUUAAGAGGAAAAAAGGCCUGUUUUACUGGUGUGGGACACUUGUCUGGUUGGGUGAUACCUAUAUCACGAUUGUUGGAUGAAGAGUUGUUUGACAUCCGUGACUGCAAUAAUAUCAUCCGAAGCGCUGCCAGUUUUUUUGGUGACAGCUGUGCUCCCAAUUCAUUGAUCGACAAAAACAAUCCGAUUGGUAACAACCCGUUAUCCAUAUGUUCUUUAUGUUCGGCCGCAGAUCCAGACAAAUCAAAGUGCUCUGGAAAUGAUAUCUUUGCUAACUUUGAGGGCGCUUUUCAAUGUUUGUCUCGAGUCGGUGACGUAGCCUUUCUUAAACAUACCACUAUAAAUGAAAUUUCGCGUUACAAGAAUAUCAAUAAAAAUGAUUACGAAUUGUUGUGUCCUAACGGUGGCCGUCGACCCAUUAAUGCCUAUCAAGACUGCAAUUGGGGUUACGUUCCCUCUCACGCCAUCGUUAUAUCGUCGGCUACUCUACCAGAAGACAGACAUAAAAUUCAGAAAUUUUUAUUUGAAUCCGUCAAUAGAUUUGGAGCUCAAUUAAUGCAUAACAAGGACUAUAUAACAGGACAAUCAAUGAGACCGUCAUUUAACCGAUUUAAUCAAAGUUUUACAUCAAAACAGAAUUUAACAAAAUAUAAUUUAUUGCAAUUUGAUGAUAGAUUCAGAAGUGACGGACAAUUCCCAUUAUUUGGUGAUUCUGUAAGAUAUGGAGCAAUGAAUCUUUUGUUUGCAGACGAAACUACUUCUUUAAAUUCCGUUGAAAUUAGUAAACAAACAUUUGCUGGAUAUCUUCGAUCGUAUGAAUUGCCGGCACGUAUUAGAUUUGAUUACAGAUCCAACAUAACAAACAUUUUGGACUAUUUUGAAAAGUUACGCAAAUGUCCCGUUCCUAAUGCCAGGUUCUGUGUGGUAUCGGAUCAAGAGUUGGAAAAAUGUCAGAGAAUGAAGACUGCAUUUCACGCCCAGAUGUUAAAGCCGGAGCUGACGUGUGUCAAAGGUCACAGUACUAUUGGCUGUAUGUCAAUGAUUCACGACGGAAACGCUGACCUCACUGUUUUGGAUGCCGGAGAUAUCUAUACCGGUGGACACAAAUUUAAUUUAGAACCAAUUGUUUCGGAACAAAAUAAUUUAAAUGAUACCUAUUAUUAUUCGGUGGCCAUAACUCGACAAUCGGAUAAAAAUACUGAUCUCCUCUAUUUAAAAGGCAAGAAGUCUUGUCAUUCAGGUUUUGGUUUAGCCGCCGGAUGGGUGGUUCCGCUUAGUUUUCUUUUAUCUAAUUCCCGAAUGCGGUCGUAUGGAUGUGACUCAGUUCGGGCCGCUUCAGAAUUUUUUCAGAAAUCUUGUAUUCCUGGCUCUCUUUCCCGUGAAUUCUAUAGUUAUGAUAGCACUUGGGAUUACGGAAAUCUUUGCGAUCUCUGUCACGGAGCGUCAUAUCGUUUCUGUAGCAGAGACUCAUCCGAACCGUUUUUUGGUGACACCGGUGCUCUCCGGUGUUUAGUUGAAGGCGGCGGUGAAAUAGCAUUUACCAAACACACGUCUAUUUUGGAGAACACUGGUGGACGAAACCCUGAUUGGUGGGCCAGAAAUGUCAUUCCCGAUGACUUUGAAUUGCUUUGUCGCGACGGAACUCGUGCCACAUAUCAAGACUAUAAAAACUGUCAUUUGGGUCGAGUGCCGACCAAUGCAAUCGUCAACAAUAAAUAUAACGACAUUCUUAUGAAAGAAGCAUUUAUUAAUCUUUUUAUUUAUGCGCAACAGUUCUAUGGAUCCAAAUAUUCAGAAGACUUCACAUUUAAGAUGUUUGUAUCACAUCAUGACUAUAAAGAUCUUAUAUUUCAAGACUCGACCGUACAGUUAAAAGCUAUUCCUUAUUGGAGACGCGAUUAUCGCCAAUAUUUAGGACAUGAAUUCCUAAAAGCUAUGACUAUAGUUGACUGCACUGCCGGAGCACUUAAUAAUAUGCCAUCAUUUUUGACUUUAUUAUUAGUCAUUAUUUCAUUUUAUAAUUCACACACAUUUAUUUAGAUAAUGUUAUUAUCAUUAAAUAUGACAUUC